GACCUUAAAAUUCCAUCGUGGGGUGGAUGAGCGGUAAAGGAGACAGUGACAGCGGAACGAGCACCACAAGGAUCAGCUUCCUCGCCCUCCACAGCUUCCUGAUCAGAUCCAUCCUGGCUGCGGCCUCUAGCCUCAUGGGGGACCCGGAGCUCUGGGUCGGAUCGGUCACUACUCAGCAGAACCGGUUGUGAAAGUCACAAACCGGCUGACGGGGAAAGUCUCUGAGAGCCAGCGAGCGCUGAGGGCUGGAGGAAGGUCUCCUUGGAGCGCGUAAAGUUCUGUUUCGGCUGUGCGCUUUAACGCACAGAAGGUGGACGGUGACCGGAUCUGAGUGCGUCUCUUAGAGAGGCCUCUCCAGGGAGGAAAAAAAGGUGCUAACCUUGAAAAGCAUCUCAACCAGGAACACACCAGAGAAGACGUAGAGGGACGCAUCGAGGAUCAAUCGCUCCUAAAGCAUCAUGAGAGGAAAUACAGAGGGGGGUUUCCUUUCUCCACCAAGGGAAUGAGGAGAGAAUAGGAAGAAGAAGAAGAGGAUAAAUAAGAAGAAAGAGGAUCUCGAACAAAGACACAAGAGGAAGGAAAGGAAGCACCAAACUUUCCUCUAUGGAUCUUCCCACCUGGCCAAGUCUGACUGAGUCAAAACACCUGACCAUGAAGCUGUGAAUCUGCUCCUCUUCGCCUUUCUUUACUGCAGAACUCUUCUUUUUCACUACCUGGCCCCAUGUCUCCAACAGCGGGACCCACCAAUCAAUGGAUGCUGCUGUGCCCCCUGCUCUGUGUGGUGGUCCUGGUUAAAGGAUCCACUCUGAGCCUUCAGGACUUGCAGAGCAUCGCUGCCACGUCGCUGCUGGAGGACUCAUCAACUGGCACGACCAUGCAGCUGCAGCCAGACCUGCAGACUGAAGCUCAGGUGCCAACAGAAGCACCUACAGAAGCAUCUACAGAAGUACCUACAGAAGUACUGACAGACGCACAAACAGAAGCAAGGACAGGCAAACCAAUUCAGAGAACCACCACUAACUACACAGGUCUGUCAUGUACACCUGUCCUGCCUCCUCGUCGAGGAUCCUUCUACGUCGAGAGCGGCACUGGCGUGUCCGUCGGCAGCAUGUUGACCUUCUGGUGCAGAGAAGGAUACCAGCUGGUCGGCAGCGACAAAAUACAAUGCAUAGUCAAGAAGGGCAAAGCGCAGUGGAGCAACUACCUGCCUGUGUGUGAAGCGAUCCCUAGACCUGAGGACCGGGGUCUGAGAGUGGCCGUGUUGGCCUCAGUGGUGAGUGGGAUCGUCAUCCUCGCCAUGUCCCUGUCCUUCCUCAUCUGCUGCCUGCAGGAACGAUCCGGUCGAGAACGAGCCAAGAAGGAGGGGCGGAGCAGGCGCAGAGACAAACGCACGGCGCGGCGCAGCGAGUGUUGGCUGGAGAGAGAAGAGGGUGAAUGGGAGUCUUUCCCCCCUCCAAAGAUCUUCCACCUGUCCCAGAGGAUGAACCCCCGUCUUGCCCCGGACAGCCCACUUUACUUGACCGCAGGACUCAGUGGAUAUGAGAACAGAGGAUACCAAAGGAGUCAGGAGAGUUUAAUGAAGGCCUCCAUGCCACUGUAUCGCUCAGAUUCUCAGCUUUACCCGCACGUUGUCCUGCAGAGGGUCCCGACUCCUACUGCGCCCUCCGCCCCCUCAGCUCCGUCAGCCCCCUUCUACAUGCACGUCCCGUCCUCCACCUCUGCUGCCUCCACGCCGGCCCACACGACCGCCCACAGCCAGCCUCACAUGAUGGGGCAGUACCCCACUCCAACAUACCCGCCAAACCCCAACACGGCGGUGCCGGCAUACCCCCACCCAGCGCCGGCGCCCAUUUACCCCAACCCUAACCCGACACCACAGCGCCCUUGGCAGUAGCUACAUCUUCCAGUUUUAAUAUAUUCCAGGUGCUGUGCUACUCCUGCAGAAGACGUUGAAGAAGAAGGGAGAUGGCGAACAAGAAGUAUUUUUUUACUCUUCCUUAUCCGCAUUUCCGCCAACAGAAAGACAUAAAAAGUAGGUGUAGAGAUGGAGAUGCAGCCAGAGUAGAAGCUCCCCUUUUUUCUGCAUGCUUGCUGAACUGUUCCUGGAUUUUUGGACACAACAAGAAGAACUGAAAACUCGAGAUCUUAACCCCGCAGGAGGAGUUCUUUGGAGCAAGUUUUGCUUUAUUUCAGCCGUCAGAAAAUUGCAAGAAAGCUUCAAGUAGCCAGUCGUCAAGGGAACGCGGGAGUUUAACUCUGAAGUGUGACGUUUGUGGAAGAACAACCUCCACUGAAGGAUCCUUCAGGACUUUAUGGCCGCCACUGUUAAGGCAGCUAACCACACAGUAAUGAUACUUUUUUUAAAAUAGUUUAAUGGUUUUAUUGUUAAUAAAAUAUUUCCUAUCGGCCUUCCUGACGACCACACACUCUAGAAAAAUAUAUAUACAUAUAGAUAUAUUUUUGAUUUAAGACUUUAACAUACUGUUCUGAAAUCUCACAAAUCUGCAAAGUAAUGAGUUUCUGGUCACUUUACAGCUCUUAUUAACUUUUACAUGUAAACAGACUGAUUUUAUGGGUAUAGGACAACACUGUGAUUUAGAUGCUGUAAUUGCUGCAACCACUGAAUGCAUCCGAUCUUGUGCUGUAUGCAUGGGGUUUAAAGCAACAUGAUGGAGGCUGCGGCACCCACCACAGGUCUCUGAGCGCAACUGCACUGUCGUAAAACUGUAUUGACAAAGCCAGCUUGGCGUCAAGCCUGCAGUCUACUUUUACCCCAAGUUCUCGCCAACAUGUAAAAGCCAGUCCGUCUUUUUGCUCGGUCACUCGCUUUUUUUUUGUUUCUUUGUAGCUUCAUCAGUCACCGUCCUCUUUGGUCUCUCAGCUGUAGCCAUUGUAAUCAAACCAGGACGGGCUCACUGGCUUCCUUUUAGCUGAAGGCUGAUGUGAACUCAAGCCGUAAAGCUGUACGCACUUUCCAUGAGAGACCCGCGGCCCGCUGCCAAAGUUACAUAGUGCUGAAAAUGGGAUAGACGUCAUUCUCCCUGUUGAAAAUUAUUGUAGGCGACUAUUAGAUCAACUUUAACAUUACUACUGUGAGUGAAAAGUGACAUAUUGUUGCUUUAAAUUGGUUU